AUGGACACACAUGAUCAUACUACUGUCCGAAGCCAAAACCAAAACCAAGGCCAGAAGGGCACUAGUAUUCAAGAAACUGAAGUAACUGUGGUCAUGGUUCCUCUUCCAGCACAAGGCCAUCUCAACCAGCUGAUCCAUCUCUCCCGCCUCAUCUCCUCCUACAAUCUACCCGUUCAUUACGUCAGCACGGCCACUCAUAACCUCCAGGCAAAGGUUCGUGUCCAAGGUUGGGAUCCGCUUGCCAUUUCCAACAUCCAUUUCCACGAAUUCCCAGUCCCUUCUUAUGAAACUCCUCCUACCAAUCCAAAUGCCACGACCAAAUACCCCUUCCAUCUCAUUUCAAUGUUUAAUGCAACAGUCAAACUUCGCGAGCCAAUUUAUAAACUUCUACAACAACUGUCAAGCUCAGCAAGAAGAUUAGUAGUUAUUCACGACUCUCUCAUGCCAUAUGUCAUCCAGGAUGUGGGUUUGAUUCCAAAUGCGGAGUCCUGCUGCUUUUAUAGCACCUCUGCGUUCACUUUCUACUCAUAUCUUUGGGAAUUUGGAGGGAAACCCAGACUACUGGAGCCUGAGCUACUUGAAUCACUGGAAGAUCUUCCAACUCUUGAAACUUGUAACCCUCCAGAGAUUAUAGAAUAUAUAAAACUGCAAGAGGAUUCCAGGCCAAAUAACGCUGGUUACCUGUAUGAUACAUGUAGAGCAAUAGAGGGUCCGUACCUUGAUCUCCUUGCAAAAGCCAGUACUGUUGAUACAGACAAGCAAUGGGCUAUUGGACCCUUCAAUCCAGUUGUGAUAAAUGAGCAGCAACACUCCAACAAGAGACACUAUUGCCUGGAGUGGCUCGACAAACAGGCCCCAAACUCAGUCAUUUACAUUUCCUUUGGUUCAUCAGUUUCGGUAUCAGAUGAUGAAGCCAAAGAGAUUGCAAUUGGAUUAGAGAAAAGCGGGCAAAAGUUCAUAUGGGUACUGAGGGAUGCAGAUAAAGUAGGUAUUUUUUAUGGGGAAGUCAGGAAGGCUCAGUUGCCUGAAGGAUUUGAAGAGAGAAUCAAAGGGAGAGGAAUAGUUGUGAGCGAUUGGGCGCCCCAGUUGGAGAUUCUUGGACAUUCAUCAACUGGUGAUUUCAUGAGUCAUUGCGGAUGGAAUUCCUGUAUGGAAAGCAUUAGCAUGGGAGUGCCCGUGGCAGCAUGGCCUAUGCAUUCUGACCAGCCGAGAAACAGUAUACUAAUGGCAAAGGUGCUGAAGAUUGCUCUAUUAAUAAGGGAUUGGUCCCGGCAAGAUGAAUUUAUGACAUCUAUUACCAUUGAAAAUGCCGUGAGAAGAUUGAUGGAUUCUACAGAAGGAGAGGAGAUGAGGCAAAGGGCAAAAGAAUUGAGCAAAAGAGUAGAGGAGUCCAUCAGGGAUGGUGGUGAUAGUCGUUUGGAGAUGGAUUCUUUCACUGCUCAUAUUCUAGUUAGAUUAACCAUGAUGUAA